AUGUGGAAAGAGCUUCCGUCAGAGCUCCCAUCUCACUUCCCAUCAAAUGAUUCAUACAGGGAGAAACCUUAUCAGUGCAUGAAAUGUGGAAAGAGCUUCACUCACAGCCACAAUCUCACUUCACAUCAAAGAAUUCAUACAGGGGAGAAACCUUAUCAGUGUGUGGAAUGUGGAAAGAGCUUCACUCAGAGAUCCCAUCUCACUUCCCAUCAAAGAAUUCAUGCAGGGGAGAAACCCUAUCAGUGUGUGGAAUGUGGAAAGAGCUUCACUGAUAGCUCCUAUGUCACUUAUCAUCAAAAAAUUCAUACAGGAGAGAAACCAUAUCACUGUGUGGAAUGUGGAAAGAGCUUCACUGAUAGCUCCUCUCUCACCUCCCAUCAAAGAAUUCAUACAGGGGAGAAACCCUAUCAGUGUGUGGAAUGUGGAAAGAGCUUCAGUCAGAGCUCCCAUCUCACUUCCCAUCAAAGGAUUCAUACAGGGGAAAAACCCUACCAGUGUGUGGAAUGUGGAAAGAGCUUCAGUAAGAAGUACAAUCUCACUUCCCAUCAAAGAAUUCAUACAGGGGAGAAACCUUAUCAGUGUGUGGAAUGCGGAAAGAGCUUCAGUCAGAGCUCUUCUCUCACUUCCCAUAAAAUAAUUCAUACAGGGGAGAAACCCUAUCAGUGUGUGGAAUGUGGAAAGAGCUUCACUGAUAGCUCCUCUCUCACUUCCCAUCAAAGGAUUCAUACAGGGGAGAAACCUUAUCAGUGUGUGGAAUGUGGAAAGAGCUUCUGUCACAGCCACAGUCUCACUUUCCAUCAAAGAAUUCAUACAAGGGAGAAACCUUAUCAGUGUGUGGAAUGUGGAAAGAGCUUCAGUCAGAGCUCCCAUCUCACUUCCCAUCAAAGAAUUCAUACAGGGGAGAAACCCUAUCAGUGUGUGGAAUGUGGAAAGAGCUUCACUGAUAGCUCCUCUCUCACUACCCAUCAAAGAAUUCAUACAGGGGCAAAACCCUAUCAGUGUGUGGAAUGUGGAAAGAGCUUCCGUCAGAGCUCCCAUCUCACUUCCCAUCAAAGGAUUCAUACAGGGGAGAAACCUUAUCAGUGCAUGAAAUGUGGAAAGAGCUUCAAUCACAGCCACAAUCUCACUUCCCAUCAAAGAAUUCAUACAGGGGAGAAACCCUAUCAGUGUGUGGAAUGCGGAAAGAGCUUCAAUCAGAGCGCCACUCUCACUUCCCAUAAAAGAAUUCAUACAAGGAUGCUGGAAUGA